AUGGACGCUCUUCAACGGUGCUCGGCUCUUCUCCAAUUAAACGUGGUGCAACGCAUCCUGUCGGCAAUUAUCCUGGCUCCGCUCGUGACGGCCUUCCUGUGCAUUUCGCCAGCCUUCGCAACGUCGACCGUCUGCAGCUUCGUGGCGAGCGCGUGCUCCUACGAGUAUGCGUGUCUCUCAAAUCGUAUCCGGCUGAGAAUUCUCACGCGACUUGAAGCUCUCGAGGGCAUUCUGGAUGAAGAUGACGCUGAUUCGCGCUGGAGCAACGAGAUUCGCAAUCGCAGCAGCUUCACGGAUCUUCGCUCGCGCCAAGAAGAGCAAGAGGAAGAAGAUAUCGCGCGUGUGGAUGCUGAGUUGCGGGCUCAAGAACCUCGGCUACGAUGCCAUGCAGUGAGUCACCUGGCAGGCUGCUACUUUUACGGGAACGACAAGCUGGCUGCGGCGUGUCUCUCUGUGGUGGUUUGUGCUUUGUCAUCGACCUUGUUUCUGCUGUCCGUCGAGCAUGCUCAGACGCUUCAGACGACGGAAUUCUACGAGUCUCGGUGGUACUAUUCCAUCGCCACAAGCUAUGUUGCGGGCUUCUGUGCGUGCAUGGCUCCGGACUGGUCGUAUGCGCUCACGGUUCUUGUGCAAUAUGGCGUCUUCACUGUUCUCGCGAUGUACUCGACGGGGUGUCCGCUCAACGAUUUCAGCUGUGGAAUCGGACUUGAUCCCGAGGUGGCCCUCCUCGUUGGUAUGUUGGUACUACUGUUAUGCCGCUCCGCUGCCUGUCGAACCCGAGUCGAGGCGUUCCUCUCGUUCAUGCUAGACGUGCUGGGUCUGUUCUACAUCGCUGGCACCCUGUCCAUCCUCGUGGCUUUUGUAGAUGACGAGCGCCGCUUGCUGUAUCGCGAGCUGCUUAUUGCGUUGCUAUACAUCGUAUGGGCCUCGGACACUGGCGCUUAUGUUACCGGCAAAGCGCUGGAACUCGCAAACUAUCCCUACUACAACCCGCUUGCAGCUCAUUUGUCAAAGAACAAGGACUACGAGGGAACUGUUGGUGCCAUAGUCUUCGGCGCCGGCGCCAUGGUUGUGGUUUCUCAAGUGCUGGAUCUACCUGGGUCAUUCGCCUUAAAAACUGCGUUCACCGUGCUGGCUGUAGUUAUUGGACGUCUUGGAGAUCUGUUCGAAAGUCUAUUAAAACGCGCGGCGGGGGUGAAGGACUCUGGAAAGCUGAUUCCUGGUCAUGGCGGCAUGCUGGACCGCAUCGAUGCACUUAUGUUUGCGACUCUAGUUUUCUCACGCUACUACGCCAUGGAAACCUAG